AUGGGGGCUUUAUUUGUCAAAUAUUUUCUCAUGAAUGUCUAUCAGUUCAUGAUUUAUUCCUCCUUUUUCUUUUCUGAGUCUUCGUUUCUGUCUUCAUCUUGUAAAUUACUGAGAAGGUUUUAUUUUAAUGGUCUGCACAAGCCUGGUGAUGUAAUCCUGGGAGGGCUGUUUGAAGUCCACUACAGCUCUGCCUUCCCUGAGCAGACAUUUACCUCAGCACCACAUCAGCACAGCUGUCAAGGCUUUGACUCUCUAGGGUUCCGACAUGCUAUGACUAUGGCCUUUGCUGUUGAUGAGAUUAAUAGGAAGUCCAGUUUGCUGCCUAAUGUGUCUCUGGGAUACAGCCUUUAUGACAACUGUGCCACUCUUAGCAUUGGGUUCAGCGCUGCUUUGUCAAUGGCCAGUGGCCAAGAGGAACAGUUUUUGAUUCAAGAGAAUUGUUCAGGAACACCUCCAGUUGUGGGAAUUGUUGGUGAUCCUUUUUCCACUUUUUCUAUUGCUGCCUCAAAUGUCUUUGGUUUGUACAAGAUGCCUCUGGUGAGUUAUUUCGCCACAUGUUCUUGCCUGAGUGAUCGGCGGCGUUUCCCUUCUUUCUUUAGAACAAUCCCAAGUGACGCUUUUCAGGUCCGCGCCAUGAUUCAGAUUCUAAAACACUUUGGCUGGACUUGGGCAGGCCUCUUGGUCAGUGACGAUGAUUAUGGCCUUCAUGUUUCCAGAUCAUUCCAAACUGACCUGACUCAAUCAGAUGGAGGCUGUCUGGCAUACACAGAAGUUUUACCCUGGGGAGACAAUCCAAGUGAAUAUGAAAGGAUUGUUGGUGUGAUGACAAAAUCCACAGCACAUGUAGUAAUUGUGUUUGCACAUCAGAUGCACAUGAUCCAACUCAUGGAACAGGUGGUGAAGCAGAAUCUGACUGGCCUUCAGUGGAUUGCCAGUGAAGCUUGGACUUUGCUUGAAGGGCUCCAAAUCCCAGCCUUCAUGCCAUUUCUUGGGGGAACCCUGGGCAUCGCCGUCCGUCGAGGAGAAAUACCAGGACUCAGAGACUUCCUGUUGAGAAUUCAUCCCGAGCAGCACGGCAACAAUAUUUCUGAAAAUAGCAUGGUGAAACUGUUUUGGGAACACACGUUUCAGUGCAAGUUUAUACCACCUCCAGCAGGUUGGGUAGAAGAUGCUGGAGCACAAUGCACUGGGAAAGAAGACCUAAACAGUGUGAAGACUGACCUAUUAGAUGUGACAGAACUUAGGCCUGAGUAUAAUAUUUACAAAGCUGUGUAUGCACUCGCACAUGCACUUAAUGACAUGCUGAGCUGUGUUCCAGGACGAGGGCCUUUCAGGGGGGACAGCUGUGCAUCUUUGCAAACAUUAGAGCACUGGCAGCUAAUAUACUACCUGGAAAAGGUGAACUUCACCACAUCGUUUGGUGACCAAGUCACAUUUGACGAAAAUGGUGAUGCAUUACCAAUAUAUGACAUCAUGAACUGGAUUUGGCAGCCGGAUGGAAUAUCUAAAGUUCAGAGUGUUGGUGAGGUUAAGAGGUCUGCAUCCAAAGAGGAAGAGCUCACAAUUGAUAAUUAUAAAAUCUUCUGGAACUUUGAAUCUCAAAAGCCCCCCAUGUCAGUGUGCAGUGACAGCUGCCCUCCAGGAACACAUAUGGUGAGGAGGAGAGGAGAGCCUUUGUGUUGUUUUUAUUGUGUCCCGUGCUCUGAAGGAAAGGUCAGCAAUGAAACCGACUCCUUGGAGUGCUUUAGUUGUCCAGAAGACUUUUGGUCAAGCCCCCAGCGUAAUUACUGUGUUCCUAAGAAAACAGAGUUCCUCUCCUAUCAGGAACCUCUUGGUAUCUGUUUGACAGCGACCUCAAUAUUGGGAACAUCUGCAUGUGCUGUUGUUCUGGGGAUCUUCACCUAUCAUCGCAGCACACCCAUUGUACGAGCCAAUAAUGCAGAACUGAGCUUCCUGCUCCUAAUGUCACUUAAACUGUGCUUCCUGUGUUCGCUGCUGUUCAUUGGACGGCCCAGACUGUGGGCAUGUCAGCUGAGACACGCAGCAUUUGGGAUCAGCUUUGUGCUUUGUGUUUCAUGCAUCCUGGUUAAAACCAUUGUGGUUCUGGCUGCGUUCAAAGCUUCUAAACCAGGGGGUGGCAGCAAUCUCAAGUGGUUUGGUGCUGUACAGCAAAGAGGGACAGUUUUUGCUCUCACUUGCAUUCAGGUAGCAAUUUGCACUGUGUGGAUUGUCACCGCAUCACCGGCACCUCACAAAAACACUCAGUACCACAGUGACAAGAUCAUUUAUGAGUGUGUAGUUGGGUCCAUAACUGGUUUCAGUGCUUUACUGGGUUAUAUCAGUAUACUAGCCAUCCUUAGCUUUGUGUUAGCAUUUUUAGCAAGAAAUCUUCCUGGCAACUUUAAUGAAGCCAAGCUCAUCACUUUCAGCAUGCUGAUCUUCUGUGCUGUGUGGGUGGCCUUUGUUCCUGCUUAUAUCAACUCUCCAGGCAAAUAUGCAGAUGCAGUUGAGGUGUUUGCCAUCCUGGCCUCUAGUUUUGGUCUCCUGUUAGCGCUAUUUGGACCCAAGUGUUACAUAAUUCUACUAAGACCAGAACGAAACACAAAGAAAGCCAUCAUGGGUCAAAGAACCACAAAAUGUUAA